UCCUCUUCAGAUUAGUUGGCUCAGUCCUCGAUUUCUGUGCACCUCAGAGCAGCAGCUGCUGGGACCACCUUGAGAAGAGGAUGAUUCCCAACAAAGCACUGAUCCUGGCGGCCCUUGCCCUGACCACCAUGAUGAGCCCGUGCAGAGCUGAAGACAUUGUGGCUGACCACAUUGGCUCCUAUGGCAUAAACGUCUACCAGUCUUAUGGUCCCUCUGGCCAGUACACCCAUGAAUUUGAUGGAGAUGAAGAGUUCUAUGUGGACCUGGAUAAGAAGGAGACUGUCUGGAGCCUGCCUAUGUUUCGCGAAUUUACAAGUUUUGAUCCACAGGGUGCACUGGGAAACAUAGCCACAAUAAAAUACAACUUGGACAUCAUGAUUAAACGCUCCAACUCUACUGCUGCUGUCAACAAAGUUCCUGAGGUGACAGUGUUCUCCAAGGCCCCUGUGAGGCUGGGGCAGCCCAACACCCUCAUCUGUCUUGUGGACAACAUCUUUCCUCCUGUGAUCAACAUCUCGUGGUUGAUCAAUGGGCACCCAGUCACAGAAGGUGUUUCUGAGACCAGCUUCCUCUCCAAGAGUGAUCAUGCCUUCUUCAAAAUCGGCUACCUCACCUUCCUCCCUUCUGCUGAUGAUAUUUACGACUGCAGAGUGGAGCACUGGGGCCUGGAGAAGCCACUUCUGAGACACUGGGAACCUGAGAUCCCAGCCCCCAUGUCAGAGCUGACAGAGACUGUGGUCUGUGCCCUGGGGUUGGCUGUGGGCCUCGUGGGCAUCAUAGUAGGCACCAUCCUCAUCAUCCGAGGACUGCGCUCAGGUGGUGCCUCCCGACAGCAAGGACCCUUGUGAAUCACACCCUGGUAGUGAAGGUACAUUGUCCAUCUACAAAAGCAGAAGAGUCAAUGUGCUGGACAACCUAGCACUAUUUUCUGGCCUGGUUCAUCACAUUUUGUGUCUCUUCCAAUCAUUUCUCUUCUCACCUCUUUCAUGGAACUUAAGGUGCUACAUUCACCCAGAGUUCACUUAUGCUUGGAAUUCUUCCCUCAAUUUUCUUUCCUCAAGUGUUACCUAAUGUGAGAUUCCUUAAGGUUGCUCUUCCAGCUACAUAAUCCCUCAAUGACCUUGAUCCAAUAUCUCCAUGGAGGCAAUAAAUAUCCCCUAAUAAAUCUGUU